AUGGAUAGUGAUCCAGAGUCGGAGCUCUUGUUACUCAUAACUGAAAUAACAGCUAUUGGCAGGUCUGCGGAUCCGGACUCGAAGCUCGGGGCAGUCAGACUCAGACCUCAACUAGUAAAACGUGUGUGGGGGUCUCGGGAAGUGGAGUAUCCGGAGGUAGAGGCAGUCGGGCCUCAAAGAGAAAAACGUCUCUUCACCUCCAUGGAUCCGGAUUUGGAGUCGGAGUUGGCAUCACUCAUGACACGAAUAAUCUCUCUGGUCAACUCUAUGGAUUUGGAUUCGCUGCCCAAGCCGGAGACAGAGAUCAUAUCACUCAUCAAGAAAACAAUCUCUCUCUUCGGCUCUGUAUCAGCAUCGGAACCUGAGUCGGAGCUGGUGUCACUCGUUACUCAGAUGAUAUCUCUCGGCAGCGAUUCGGACUCAAAGUCGGAGCUUAUGGUAAUAAUGGAUCUCGCGGAUGCAAUCUUCUCCCUCACGCCGGAGCCGGAGAUGAUAUCGCUCAUCAAUCAAAUAAUAUCUCUGGUCAGCUCUAAGAAGUUGAGUCUGGAGUUGAAGCUCAAAUCAGUGGUAACUCAGAUAAACUCUUACCUCAGCUCUGGGGAUUCCGUUUGGCAGCCGAAACCGGAGUCGAAUCUCGUAUCUCUCAUCAAGCAAAUAGCUCCUCUCGUCAACUCUAUGGGUUUGGAUCAGACGAAGCCCAAGUCAGAGCUCAUUUCACUCACAAGUCAAAUAAUCACUCGCUUCAACUCUAUAGCAGAAUCAAAGCCAGAGUCAGAGCUUGUAUCACUCGUUUCUCAAAUAACCCCUCUCGUCAGCUCUUCGGAUUCGGAGACACAGCUCUUAUCAAUCAUUUAUCAACUGUUAUAUCUCAAGAUGGAUACGAAGCUCUUAUCACUCACGAAUCAGAUAUCCUCUCUCGUCAGGUCUAUGAACUCGGAGCGCAAGCAGAUGAUCUCCUUGUGCCCUCAAGCACAGGUGAAAUAUGAAGACAGCAAAUUCCACGUGACAGGAAAAGUCCCACGGCAGGGUUCCAAUGCCAGGUGGCGUUGUCCCCCUAGUCGCAAGUACUUCCCCAGGAUACCAACAGAAAACUACACUGCGUAUUUUCGUUGUAAAGAUUGCAAUGGGGAGGAUCAUGAAGAAUAUGUCAAGGCUCCUGUAGAGGUCAAACAUUCUCUUCAUCGGAAACAUUCUCUCCAGCUUGUCUGGUACGAAUCACCUUUCGGGAGGACCAGGGAAUGCUAUUGCUGUGAUGAAGAUCUCUUGCGGGUAUUCUAUUAUUGUUCGGCUUGCGAUUAUGCUAUGAACGUAGCUUGUUUGGAGAAACAGCCACCUUGGUAUGUAGACCAUCCAAAGUGGCAUGAGCACACACUCGUUUUGUUCCCAAGACCGGCUUUCUUGACAUGCGAUGUAUGUGCCUUGGCCGAUUCAAGCUCCCCUAUCUACAUGUGUCCCUCUUGUGACUUUGUUAUCCAUCUCAGAUGUAUCAACUUACCACGUGUCAUACGGAUAUCCCGCCAUCGCCAUCGUAUCUCUUUCACUCCUUCUUUUGACAAAGGAGAUUGGUUUUGUUGUGUUUGCCGCAAAAAGAUCAACAAUGAUUGCGGUGGUUAUUCUUGCAUCAACAACGCUUGUUUGUAUACAACUCAUUCAAGAUGUGCCACACAAAGCAAUGUCUGGGAUGGCAUUGAACUAGAAGGAGAGCCAGAAGACAUUGAAGAAGAAGAGAUGAAGACGUUUGUGAGGAUAAGCAGUGACGUCAUACAACAUUUCAGUCAUCCACAACACCACUUGAGACUUGAUGAGAACACCGACAGAGAUUACGACGAAAAUAAGCAUUGUCAAGCAUGCAUCAUGCCAAUCUAUUUUGGUAACUUCUAUUUUUGUAUGCAGUGUGACUUCUUUCUACAUGAAACAUGCGCGAAUCUUUCUCGCAGAAUACAUCACCCGAUCCAUCCACAUCUGCUCACUCUGGUGAGUGAUCAGUAUGAUGGUGUUAUGGACCAUUCUAAGAAUUUAUGUUCAGCUUGUAAUCGCAUGUGCAAAACUGGUUUCUUCUAUGGGUGCGGUAAAGAAGGAUGUUUGUUUAAGUUACAUGUGCAAUGCGCCACAACUUCUGAGCCAUUAGUCCACAAAAGUCACAAGCAUCCUUUGUUCCUGACAUCCAAACCAGGAGAGAGGAGGAGAGUAUGUGGGGUUUGCAAAAGUUUAAAACAAUCUGACGAAGAAACAUUCAACUGCAUUGAGUGCGACUUUGCUUUGUGUUUUGGAUGUGCUACUUUGCCUGAAAAUGUGAGGUAUAAGCAUGAUAAGCACAUGCUCACUCUUUCCUAUGGAAACGAGAGGAGUACCGUGAUGUAUUGGUGUGAAGUUUGCGAGCUAAAAGUAGAUCCAACAAAGCGGUUUUAUACAUGUGAUGAUUACUGUUGUGUCACCCUACACAUUGAAUGUCUGCUUGGGCAACACGUCUACAUGAAGCCCGGUUUAACGUUAAUUGACUACCUUGAUCUCGACAUAGAUGUUCUGCCCAAUCAUGUUCCCGCCUUGCUUACUGGUACGUUUCUUGUGGUGCUCUCCCCACAGAACAAAAUAAAAAGACCAACGUACUUGAAUAAAGCACACCAAAACUAG